ACUAAAUUCUCAAAAAAAUUAACCAAUUCACCACUUCAUCAAUUUUCACCUUCUCAUAAUUCCUCCAUCACCAAUUUUCCAAUUAUGGCUUCUUCUACUCAAUUUACUAUCACUUUUGUAGCCCUAAUUCUUCUUCAAUACAUAAUAGGUUCGUAUUCAACAACAUUCACAAUAGUUAAUAAGUGCAGUUACACAGUAUGGCCAGGAAUUUUAUCCGGCGCCGGAACAUCACCGUUCUCCACCACCGGUUUCGCUCUUCAACCCGGCGAGUCCAAUGCUCUCCCCGUACCACCUUCCUGGUCCGGCCGUCUCUGGGGACGAACCCUCUGCUCCCAAGACUCCACCGGAAAAUUCUCAUGCAUAACCGGCGAUUGCGAUUCCUCCACCAUCGAAUGUGCAGGAAAAAACGCUAUCCCUCCCGCUUCCUUAGCGGAGUUCACUCUCAACGGCGCCGGAGGACUUGACUUCUUCGACGUCAGCCUCGUCGACGGUUACAAUCUCCCUAUACUAAUCGAACCACACGGACAAACCGACGGAGGAAACUGCACCGCGACGGGUUGCUCCGUCGACCUAAACGCCGCGUGUCCAACAGAAUUGAAAGUGAUGAGUAGUGACGGCGGUGGAGAGAGCGUGGCAUGUAAAAGCGCGUGUGAAGCUUUUGGGGAUCCACAAUAUUGCUGCAGUGGCGCCUACGGUUCGCCAGAUACAUGUAAACCAAGUACCUACUCGCAGUUUUUCAAGAGCGCGUGUCCACGCGCUUAUAGUUAUGCUUAUGACGAUGGAUCCAGCACUUUCACGUGUGCCUCGGCUGAUUAUACCAUCACUUUUUGCCCAACACCUUCCACAGGUUCAAUCAAAUCUGGGAACGAGAAAUAUCCGAUACCGGCGGCCGAUGUGUCUGGUGUCCGACGCGUGGACGGGACAGCCAACAACUUAGUGACUAUUGUUGUUGCCUUUGUUUUGAUGGUCUUGGUGGUUGAACGGUUGUGGUAGUAACUCAAUUCUAAUGUCAUCACACAUCAUGGCUGGUGAGAAAUUUGGUGUGGUGUGACAUUCUGUCACAAAAUUGCUUAAUCAAGUUGAAUUCAUCAGAAUGUGAGGGUUUGAUUACUAGCAAGUUGGUAUUUCAUAGAUUGGAACUUCUCAACUUGAACAACCAAAAAUUGAUUUAUGAGUUUUUUUUCCUUCUUUUUAUUAACAAUUUUAGUUAGGUUGUAUCUCUUGGAUGUUUAACUAGAAACAGAAUUAGGCAGGUAGCAUGGUUACAUCAGCUCAAAAGAUUCAUGUCAUUCAUAUGUUGUCCUCCGUAACUGAAGUGACAAAUUUAGAUAUUUUAGGAAAUUUAUUAAAUAUUUCGAUAGGAUCAAUUUGCUCUCCAAUUGUAAACUAUGAAUUAAAAUAAAGGAGGAGUAUAAUUUUGAUUA